AUGGAGAGAACUUCUGGAACCCUUUCUUUGAAGAAAAAGCUGAAAGAAAUACGCGAAGAGUUAAACGGGGAGACAGCAGACUUUACACGAGUUGAACAAAAAAUUGCAGAAGCAAAUACUGAAUUAAAUGAGUUGUCAUAUUCCCUACCACCCUAUGAAUUGCGUUUGUUUUCUUCCGAGCUUGACUCGUUGUUAAAGGAGUCGGGGGAAGUGAAAGCAUCCAAAACGAAAGGAACAAGAAAGAGAAGAUUCAAAUUUACGAAAAGAUCAGAAAGAGCAGAACGUUUGCCAACCACAGACUUCCAAACUUCAAUUUCUGAUAAAGAACCUGAAGUACAACCGAUUGUUUCAGAGAAAAUCAUUAUCGAGCAAGAACAAAUUCAAAAUUUUAAGAAUCUCUACAAAUGUAUACUGGAGUCAAAACAAAAGCCAUACGAAAUGCCAUAUGCAUCAGGAUCAUUAUCGAUGGAAAAUAUACAAGAAAGCACAAUCGAACUGCCUCAUAUGCCUUUCUUAAAUGGGAGCAUUUUUAUGACUGACAUAUCAAACACCCUUAUACGCAUAUUGCUUCCACAAAACUCCUCUAUCCAAAUACGAUUACACAAUAUUAAAGAUUGUAAGCUCUACAUAAUGAAAAUGCCAAAAUCUGUCGACAAGCAGACGAUAGUGAUUGAAAACUGUAAAGGAUGUAUAUUUCAUGCCGAUACCGAGGCUGCAAUCAAUAUUCAGAACUUUUGUAACUUGCAAUUGAAUCCGAUGAUUGGCAAGGCCUGUGUCGACCCUGAUUACUCUUUUGCUACCUUUUAA